UGCACAUGGAGGGGCUCACAGCAUAUAGCAUCAUCUUCCUCGCAUACAACCGCCCUUUCCCUGGGAAACAAUGAGGCAGGCUUGAGAUAUUGGAUAUCUGAUAAACGGGAGCUGUUCCUGGGCUGUCAGAUCGGGGGCACCCAGCAACGACGCACAGAGCAUGCGGAAAAAAUGUGAGCGCUCGUCUCCUCCUCCUCUUCAGCCAGCCCCUCUUCAGUCAAGAGGUGUUGUCGUGGUGGGACGGCGUUUUGCCAGGAGUAAAGGGACAGUUUUACUGCAAUGCUUUCUCCAUAGCUCCGAUUGAGAGCAAGUUACCCGGGAGAAAGGGUGUUGCCUCGCUUUUGCCUGGCCGCACUAGCAACGUCCUUGCGCGUUUGCUUAUUUGAAAUUGGACCGAGCCAAUUGAGGACGUCGAGGCAGGUGUGCGGUGUCAUUCGGAAUUGUUCUUGGUAGACGCUGUCCAUUUUCCCGUCUCAUAUCAGAUUUGUAUGGACUUUAAUUCCGGUCAAGCAGGCUCCUGUCGACUAGGUUGAUACAGUAUUUUGUUGCAGAGCGAAUUUCUUCAGAUGUCUCCGCGUUCGCUUUGAGGAACGGACAGACUAGACUCUGGAUUUAAAGUCUGAGGUGGAGUGUGGAAUUGUGAUCGCCGAUGUCCGUCUGACCCAAAUAAGUCUCCCUGCUUUUUGAUUUUUAUGACGGAAAGUGUACCCAGCGACGGUAGAACUGUUAGGAGAACUCUUCAACAUGAAUACAGAUAGCGGAGGACACACUCGCAAAAGCACCGCCUUGCUAGUCACCCGCUCCCACAUGAAGCGGGUCCAGAGUGUCCCGAAUCUGGCUACAGGGAGCGAGUCUCACUCGUCAGAUUCAGAUGCUUGGAGGUCACGCAGCACCGAUGGACUAAGGAACUGCGACGACAUCACUUCCUCCUUGGCCGCCAAGGGCUUCCGCAGCGUCAGGCCCAACCUGCAAGACAAGAGGUCCCCCACACAGGCUGUCAAUCAGCUCCCCCUCCCGCCCCCUAGGAGAGAGAGCUACCCCUCCCCCGCCACAGGCGCUAUCCCCCCCUCCUACAGCUCCCUCCUAGCCAAGACCCUGGGACACGGGAUGCUAGCCCUCUCCAACGAGAAGGCCGUCCUCAAAGAGUCUUACACAGUCAAGAGCACGUCUUCUUACUCCCACCACCAGAGCACAACCACCACUUCUGUACCCCAACCCCAAUCUGAGCCAGAACCCAACCCCGUCCACAGUGUCACCAGCAAGAUCAAAGCCUCCACUGCUACUUCCUCCACCACCACCCAGCUUCAGGCUGCAGAGCGCAAGGUGUCCUCCCUCAGACUCACCCCCGUCACCAUCCCUGAUCCCCCCUCCCACCACCCCGUCCCCCAGCCCGAGGCUCUCACCACCUCCCCUCCUCCCUCUAACCUUCCCCCCCAUAGAGACUCCUCCAUCGGCUCCCAAAGCCAUCACACAGCCUCUCUCUCCGUCCAGAUGGCCCCGCGGAGCCCCAAACCACUGGGCUCCAAGGCCCCCACCCUGGAGCCCAAGGCCCCAGCCCCAGCUUCUGACCCUGGGGAGGCCAGGAAGGUGAAAGGCCCCCCUCCAGUUCCACCUCGACUGGCUGAAGCGAAUGUACUGGGCUCGCCUCCUCACCCCUGCUCCCCCGACCACAGCGCCCGGCGCUCCCCUUACAACCGCCACAGCGCCGACUCACUGGACUACCUGGCGGGCCUCAAAGCCCUGUUGCCCACUCCGUACGUCCCGUCCCCAUAUGCCACCUUGGAGCGCGGCGGGGGGGACCAAAUGGACAAAAUUGGCGUAGUCGGCGGUGUUAGCAUUAGCAUGGUUAGUGCUGGUGGAGGUAUGGGGGGCAGGUCACCCUCGCUCUCCCCCGUGACCGUGUCAGCGCUCAGCCAGUAUUCGUCCUCCACGGCGGGCCUCCUGGAGGAGCUCCAGAUCUGCAGCCUGGACUCCCCCGGCGUGUCUCCCUCACCCUCGCCCACCCUCAGCCACAUGUCGUCCACCACGGGCCCCGACGAGGCGCCGCCGCUAACCUCCGCCGCUGCUGCCACUAACAGCCAAGCUAUUCAAGUGGCAAUGAAUGGAGGUGCGCCCCACCCCCAGAGACCGUCCUCACCCCCGGCCUACCCCCCUCUCCCCGCCUCGUUCAGCCCAGGAGGGGUUCACGUGCAGAGUCGGAACGCAGAAGGUUCAGAGUCGGUGAUGUCGGGCCACACCAGCAUGAGCAGCACGGUGCCCAUCGCCCGCUUUUCAGAGGAGGAGAAGAGGGUGUCGGUCAUCAAGGCGCCCCACUACGAGGGCAUCGGCCCCGUGGAUGACACGGGCAUCCCCAUCGCCAUUCGCACGACGGUGGAUAGGCCGAAGGACUGGUACAAGACCAUGUUCAAGCAGAUCCACAUGGUUCACAAAGCAGAUGACGACUAUGCCGACGGGCGCAACGCCACAUACACUGUCAUCGGUGACAGCGACACACAUGGUCAGUCCUCCAACCCCACCAUGGCGUACCCUCCCCCCAGGACACAAACGUACCGGCCCCUGGCCAAGAGCCCGUCGGGCAGCGGAAGCCCCGGGACCUUUAGGGAGCCCUCCCCCGUGCCUCCGCCACCCCCGCCCAUGCCCUCCCUCCUCCAGCUGAGGUCCAGAGACAGCGACCGGGAGCGAGACUCUCCCGACACCAUCAGGAAUCAGUGGGGCCCUCCGGAUAGGAAAGUGGACACUAGAAAGUACCGCGCUGAACCCCGGAGUAUCUUUGAGUACGAGCCUGGGAAAUCAUCCGCUCUGGAGCAGGAGAGGCCGACCUAUAAGCUAAACCCAGAUGACAUAGAUUUAGAGAACGAGCCUUGGUAUAAGUUCUUCUCCGAGCUGGAGUUCGGCCGUCCGCCUCCUAAAAAACGGCUGGAUUAUAAUCCAGACAUCUGCUCUGGCCGACUCACCGAGACGUCGCUGUACUUCACUCCCACUGCUGACCGGGUUCCAGAGAGGCCGGCGAGUGCUGCUAGUGACUACAGGAAGAGGAGGAAGUCGGAGCCUUCGGGUGACCAGGGCAAGAACCAGGUCUCCCCAAAACAACUGGACCCUUACAGAGGCAGCAGCACACUGAGGAAACCAGCCACACGCUCCUCCCCCUCCUCCCCCUCCAGAGCCAAAGAGCAGGAUGCCUCCAGGGGGUACAGCACAACCACCAGCGACGGGGGAGGGGGGCAGACCAGACGAGCCACCCCAGACAGAGAGGUCUCCCAUAAGCAGAUGACCCAACUCAUUCUCUUCUCUCUCCUCCAUCAGAAACAGCCUGCCAGAGCAAUAUAUGACUUUAAGGCACAGACUGCUAAAGAGCUGACGUUCAAGAAGGGCGACGCGGUCAACAUCAUCAGACAGAUCGACAGCAACUGGUACGAGGGGGAGCACCGCGGACGACUGGGCAUCUUCCCCAUCUCCUACAUAGAGAAGAUGCUGUUGCCAGAGAAACAGCAGCAGCCGAUUAGGCCUCCUCCACCAGCACACGUCAAAAAGAUCGGGGAGGGGGUGGCCCGUUACAACUUCAACGCUGACACUAACGUGGAACUGUCGCUCCGCAAGGGUGAGCGGGUAGUCUUGCUGAGACAGGUGGACCAGAACUGGUACGAGGGGAAGAUCCCAGACACCAACAAGCAGGGCAUCUUCCCCGUGGCCUACAUAGACAUCGUCAAACGCUCGCCAUCCAAGAGCCCCGCCCCCUCCCACCACCCAGACCCACACGGCUACCCCAGCAACAGGACACCGGGCUCCACGCCCGCCAAGAGGUUUGUGCAGGAUUCGCUCCAUGGUGGAGGAGACCUGUUCCAGGCCCUGUACAACUAUCUGCCCCGUAACGAGGACGAGCUGGAGCUGAAGGAGGGGGACAUCGUGGACGUCAUGGAGAAGUGCGACGACGGCUGGUUUGUCGGGACUUCUCGACGGAGCAAGCAGUUUGGAACCUUUCCAGGAAACUACGUCAAGAAACUGUAAUGAUGAAUCCGGUCCACCCCCGCACCCUCCUUACUUGGACCCUUCCAUCUCUAGCACAACCCAUAUUGGACACAACCAACCCGGAGUAAAGUUGCCCCCAGACACUGAUUUGGGUCACUUUCCCCACCAAAGGUUAAUUAAGGUUAAGAUUGGGGGAGGUGGAGCUGACCCUAGGAUGACCCCACUAUGUCAGGUCAUCCAAGAAGCCUUGCUCAAGCAUGUGCGACAACGUCAUAAAAAAAUAUUUUGUUUUAGCUCUAACUAGCCAACUCUAAAGGAGACUAUUCCACUAAUUAAACGAUUAUUUUCUAAAUGAUCAAGAAGCGGUAGAAGAAGAUCCAUACUUUUGAAUUCCUUUCACCUCAGAUACUGAAGGAAGGGUAGCCAAACAAGAUGGCCACCUUUAAAUGUUGACAUCUGCUUUUAUUUGAUUUAUUAGAUAUAUUUUAACCCAGUAAUGUAAUAACUUGCAUUGAUAAGUUGAUUGUGUAACAUUCAGAAAGGUCAAAUAUGGUAAAGAUAGAGUUAGAGAUGCCAAGUAAACUGCCACUCAGGAUUGCCUUGACGUCAUCGUGUCAGCCAUCUUGGUUUUGGACAUGUUUUUUCCCCCUUUUUCCUCAGUGUUAAAUCGAGAACCCCCUCCCCCCUCCCCCUAAGUGUAUUAUCUGUAAUAGGGGGGCUGGUUGGUAUUUUCAGAGCAGUAUAGGACAUUGCAACACAUUUCAAAGUUUAAUCCUUUGGCAAAUGCUCUUAUCCACAGCAGCGUUCAAUAAGCAACAUGAAACAACCCCAGCGUUGUUAGUAAAAAAUCUUCUUCAGAAAUGUUAUACACCAACACAGGAACACUCACCUAUUUCCCCUAGUGAAAAUGAUGACGCACGAUACCCCAAAGUGUUGCUGGAUACCACGGGAUAGGGUAAGAUAUGUUUGGAGGCAAAUGCAUUGAUAUUGAAAGCAUAUAAAUACAUUUGCAGAGCCUUCUAUUUGCACCGGAAGGCUCUGGAUAUCUGCCCUCUAUGGGCCUACAGUCAAUUCCAGUUUCUCAUUUUAUAGUGUUUGCAAACUCUUGUAUGGGCGAGUUAUUUCAAAUGUGGAAGUGGCAAUCGUCGAUAUUUUAUUUUUUAGCCCUUCUGUUUGAACAAUUACAGUACAUUUUGUACUUUAGAUGGGAAAUAAUAUUUAUAGAUUUGGGAUUUUAUUGAUCGAUGGACUUGGCGGUUUAUCCUUUUUCUCACUUGAAAUGUAUGAGUACACUACGGAUUUUACAAGUGAGAGCUAGAUUGGAUUGUCGAUAGGGCUUUGGGAGUUUGAUACCGUUGGAAAAACAUAUUCAAAAGCAACCCGUUUUCCCACUUUUCUUGUAUGUGAAGAUAUUUAUAGUGGGAAAAGUAUUGAAUAUUGAUAGGACGUCAUUUAGAUGUCUCCGUCCAUAAAUAUAACUUUGGAUAGAGCAACAUAAGUUUCUCAGCUUACUUUGUGUACUUUCUUCUAGUUGAAGUGGCCUAAGGUAAAGUGUGCUUUUGGCUCAUUUCAACCACAGCAAAAUCCCCUUGCCAUGUUUAAGAUAACGAGACAAUAGCCUACAUUUGUUCCCAGUCAAGUCUGACAUUUACUUUUGUCAAUAUACAACAAACCUUCAGGUGUCAAUAACACACGCCUCCUUUUUGAAAUGGUGUUAUUUUAUUCUAUGACGAGGUUUUCUUUAAGAUCGCUGUUGAAUCCUGUAUUAGGAAUGACAUUCAUUGCCUUUGUCCAAAUGGGAUGUUUUACUUCACUCUAAAUGAAUAUAAUGAGAGAAGCGGCGUAAUUUGAAUUAUACAGUUAUCUUCCUGGCGUUGUUUUUUUCUCUAGAUCAUUCUGACGGCGACCUUUUUACUGUCCGGAAUGAAUGAAACGAUUAGUGUCAAUGCAAUAGCUUGUUACAAUGUAUUUGAAUAACAUUUGUUAGGCAUACUUUUUGUGUUCAAUGAAUGUGAUUUUAAGAAUUUAUUUUGCCUUUUUUUUUCGUGUGUAAAUGAGUAUGUAUUCACAUAGGAAGGACACUGGGGUCAGAACAAUUGUUUAAGCACCUUAAUAUGUAAUUACUUUAUUUUUGGUUUCUGUCUUUGGUUGCUUUUGUUCUCGUUUAUUUUUCUCACCACCCCCUUUUCAUUCACUCUUCCCUGGGUCGUGUUCAUUAGGGACCAAACAGAAGAAAGCUGACUACCUGGACAUGUCAAAUAACAAAUGCAAAUGUUCGUGUUCUGUUGCAAACGUUUCCCGUUGCUAUCCCUAAUGAACACUACCCUGGCAUGUGAGAGCACUGCGUGUCUGUUGGUGCUGUUUUUUGUACGUCUUUUGUAUGGAGCUGUAAAUCGAUGACAUGAUCCACUGCUUUAUAAACUCUUAUUUUCUCACCCAC